CUUUGCGUCAUAGCUCUGGCGCUUUGCCCUCGACACCAAGCUCUUUUGCUGAAUGCUGCGCUCAAGAUGCAUCACUCCCUACUUCUGAUAUUUGCCCUCAUCAGCAGUGUAUUCUCUCUCUGGGGAUUUUCCUUCCCCGUUCCCCUAUACCAGAAGCCCCUAGCUCUCCAGUCUCAAGACCAGCACUCCAUCAUGGACAAGCUCAUCCCCGGUCUCGUCAAGCCGCAAUCAACAGCCCCAGACGGAGAUAUCCAGCGUUCCAAAGACAGCCAAGCAGACGGGCUCAUUGUCUCCGACGUCCUCCCGAAAACAAAAGGCAUUAACAUCUAUGCGCGGCUGACUCGAGACUUCGAGCCCAUCGCCUCCCGUCUCAACGAUGCAUCGAAGAAUAUCACGGUGCUGGCGCCGCGGAAUAGUGCAAUCCAGGCCCUGCCCCGGAAGCCAUGGGAGAAUCCAGAGGAUUAUAGUAAGUUCGGGGAGGUGGAUGCCUACGAGGGCCAAGAGGGCCAGGAUCGGGCGAAGCGCAAUCUCCAACGGUUUGUGGAGGCUCAUCUCAUCCCUGUUAGCCCUUGGCGGGCGGAAGAAGAGAUCGAGACGCUGGCAGGGGAAAAGCUGACUUGGAACAAGGAGGGUGAUAAGAUCGUUAUCCAACCCGGAAAUAUCCAGGUCGACACUGUUGCAGAAAAGGUGUCGAAUGGGGAGGUCUGGGUUUUGAAUGGCGUUGUCAACUAUCGGUGA